CCACCAUGUUGUAGGAAAUCCACCACUGCUCCUCACUCACUGUCAGAUUAGACUGUAAUCUGGGGAGGCGGAGGAGGAUACGCUGUCAAGACGCUGUCUGCAUCUUGGAAGGACUCUCGGUGUUUCUCAUUUAUAAAUACGCGAAACUUUACGUGCUACUAUUAUUUUCUACAGUAUCCGGUCUGUAUAUGUAAAAUGAAACGCCAGUCUUUUGUUGUUGUUUCUGCCUCUCCGACUUGCCAAUACGUCCAAAUGUUAGCUGGCUAACUAGCUGAAAAGACUAACUAAAUCGGAUUAGCUGCUAACGGCAGCCUUAGAAUAGACAUACCUUUUUAAGUGCUGUAGUUGACACUUGUCAGAUGCACCGCAAGCGGUCGUCUUGUCGUUUUUGUCACAUAUACACAGUUGUGUAAACAUAGCUACUUUAUGUUUUAAUUAGUUCCUAGCAUCGAUGUUACUCCAAGCUAGUCCCGUUAUUAGCUAGUCAAACGAUAACUGAAGCUCCUUCGCUAGCUAAUCUUUACCGUGCGACAAGAGCAAACAUAAUAUUGGUGACGCCGAUACCUAACCAAACGUCAAGACGGAGCCGAGUCUGGCGGUCGUGCUAGCUUGUGUUUAGGCUAGCUACUAAAAGAUCUGUACAAUAUUUACGUUGAAAUUAGCCUCCAAGCGACGCCAAAAUGUCAGGAAAGGAUAAAGACAAACAACAGAAACAGUCCACAACUGAGCGACUGAUAAAAGCUGUGCCAUACCCUCCACAGCAUAAGCUGACUAUGAAAGAACUGUUUGAAAAUGGCAAGCCCAAUGCUGAGUUGCUCCGCAACCAUCUUGUCAAGGAAGGUAGGGUUGAAGAGGACGUGGCUCUUAAGAUCAUCAAUGAUGGGGCCAACAUUCUCCGCCAAGAGAAAUGCAUGUUGGAAGUGGAGGCGCCUAUAACAGUAUGUGGCGAUGUCCAUGGGCAAUUCUUUGACCUUAUGAAGUUGUUUGAAGUAGGAGGAUCACCCAGUAAUACACGAUAUCUUUUCCUCGGAGACUACGUAGAUCGAGGAUACUUCAGUAUUGAGUGUGUUCUCUACCUCUGGUCACUCAAGAUCAACCACCCCACCACACUCUUCCUCCUGCGUGGAAACCACGAGUGCCGGCACCUUACAGAGUACUUCACCUUCAAACAAGAAUGUAAAAUUAAAUAUUCAGAACGGGUUUAUGAUGCCUGUAUGGAGGCCUUUGACUGCCUGCCCCUAGCUGCCCUGCUUAACCAACAGUUCUUGUGUGUACAUGGCGGACUCUCACCAGAAAUCAACUGUCUAGAUGACAUAAGGAAAUUAGACAGGUUUAAAGAGCCUCCUGCAUUUGGGCCAAUGUGUGACCUGAUUUGGGCUGACCCCAGUGAAGACUUCGGCAGUGAAAAGACAACAGAGCACUUUAACCAUAACUCCGUCAGAGGCUGCUCGUACUUUUUCAGCUACUCAGCUGUCUGUGACUUUUUGGUAAAUAAUAAUUUGCUAUCAGUAAUAAGAGCCCAUGAAGCACAGGAUGCAGGGUAUCGGAUGUACAGAAAAAGCCAGACCACAGGCUUCCCUUCAUUAAUCACCAUCUUUUCAGCUCCAAAUUACCUAGAUGUUUACAACAAUAAAGCUGCUGUAUUAAAAUAUGAAAAUAAUGUGAUGAACAUCAGACAAUUUAACUGCUCCCCCCACCCGUACUGGUUGCCCAACUUCAUGGAUGUCUUCACGUGGUCUUUGCCUUUUGUUGGAGAAAAAGUGACAGAGAUGCUGGUGAAUGUGCUGAACAUUUGUUCUGAUGAUGAACUGAUGUCUGAGGGAGACGACCUAUAUGAAGGUGGUACCACUGCUAUGCGUAAAGAGGUCAUUCGGAACAAGAUUCGUGCUGUGGGGAAAAUGGCCCGUGUCUUCUCAGUUCUCAGGGAGGAAAGUGAAAGUGUGUUAACGCUCAAAGGCCUGACGCCGACGGGAACUCUUCCAGUGGGAGUGUUGUCUGGUGGAAAGCAGACCUUACAGACCGCUACCAUUGAGGCAGCUAAAGCAAAAGCCAUUCAAGGCUUUUCUCCUACAAGGAAAAUUCGUAACUUCGAGGAAGCACGCGGGCUGGACAGGAUAAAUGAGAGGAUGCCGCCUCGCAAAGAUGGCCAGCAGCCAGAUGGCACCGUGAUCAACACCAACACUCCUAAUAAGAAUGGCACUGAUGGAUAGGCAACAAAAACACCUUCCUCCCAUCUUCACACAACCCACAUCCCCUGACUCAUAGCCAUCAACAUCUCUCUUUCUGUUUUCCCUGUCUGUCGCUUGUACUGAAACUGCCUGUCCAUCUUCUACUCGCCUACAUUUGGGUGGAGAAAGGAAGCUGGCAAAUGAGUAGAUUAAAAAAAAAUAAUAAAAAUUAAAAAAAUGGGGUCCACAGUACAAGGAAAACACUCCCAGUUUAAAAUAUAAACAAAUGUGUGAGGAGUUAUUUGGGGAAAUUUUAACCUUACUGUAUUUAUUUAAAUAUAUUAGCUACAUUGUGUAAUAGCAACAAAUGAUUUUGCAGUUGUUCAAAUGUAUAUUGUAAACUUAAGUUCUAAGUUAUACAUGUCAAAAUGUCACAAUUUUGUAAAUUUAAACUCAGUUAGAUGAAGCCCUUGCUGUCCAGGAGAUUUAGCCAUUUUUUUUUCGUUAGAAAGGGAUGGACAAAUCCUGUAGUCUCAAUUUCCCCAUUUGAAUUUUACAAGGUUUUUUUUAAGCUCUUAAAUUUCUAUAUUCAGUGCAGUGUUUGCAUAUAUACUUGUUGGUACAAAUGUAACUAAUGUAUUAAUAAGUAAAAGGAUCAGAACAAAUACUGCAGUUUAAUAUUUUAUAUUUAAAAGCAGAAAUUUGAUGAGUCAUUUUCCACAAUAGUUUCCAAAGAAGCUAAGUCAAUCUUUUUAAGUAUUUUGACUUCUGUGUUCAUCACUAUAAAAAUGAUUUAUAUAGUAUGUGCAAUGAUAGCUGCUUUUACUGGCUACUAUGAUUUGUAUUCACCUGAAGGCAGCUAGGAUGACCUUGUUCUGCUGAACCAAAUAAUUUAAAGUAUAGUACAGCAGGCUUUACUCUGUCACCACAAAUACAUCCUGGUUGGAUGAUUUCUUCUUGAGAUCCUGCUCAUAAACAUGACAGCAUGAGAAACUAACUGGCACAAAAUGUUUCCUCUGCAAACAGUUUUCAGGCUUAAUUUGCUUAUAAACUUGUAAAAAGGAACUGCUGACCACCCAGUCCUUGAAAUAGCAUUGGGAAUUUCAGUAUAUUUAACACAAUUAUGGGAGUUUCAGUUGAUGUUUUUUUGACGGACCCUAAACUUUUGCUUUUGGGGCUUUCCAUUGUUAUAAAGUUGUAUUAGUGUCUCCAGCUAUUGUUGAUUAUACAGUAUGCGGAUGUUUUUUUGAAUUGUGAUAACUGUAUGUAUGAUAUAAGGGAUGCAUUUGAUGUUCAGUGAAGUGACAGCCCUUUGAUGAUGCUGGACACAGACACAUUCAACCGAGUCAUCCCUCAUUGGCAGGGAUGAUGCUAUUAAAAGGUACAGUACCACCACACAGCUCUCUAUCAAGGACUAGCAGUACUGUAAUCAUCUCAACCAUGGCUGACCUAUAUAUUCUGUAUAUUACAUUACAACUUAUGGUCAUACCAAAAUGGGGGACCAGUAAAAAUCCCUCAAAUUGCCUGUAAAGUUUUUUUUCUCCUCUUCGGUUCCUUUGGUCCGAACACCUUUACUGUUCUCACAGGCACUCCCAACCCUUUAAACAAUCAAUUUAACUGGUGCUUCGACACACCUGACUGUAAUUCUGUUGUUUUUGUAAUCCAGUAAGGAAAUGAAGAAAAGCUUUAAAAUCCUUUUAGCACGUUUCUUUCUGACUUGGGGAGUUUGUGCCCAUGUGCCAUACCAUCUUGGCCACACAUCAAGAUCACAGAUCGGAUGUGUGUUUGUAUGGUCCAGGAGACAUUCAAUUAUUCAAAAAGUGUCACUAGUAUUAACCUUGAAAAGUUCAUCAUUUCCAAAGCAUAAUUUUUCAUUUUGUUCACUAGAUAUGCGAAAAAAACAGUAAAAGUAAAGUAUUUCAGUUUACAGUCAAAGUUACUGUAUGACAUGAAGACUUGUUUUGAAGGUAAGGCUUUAUUGGGUGAGCCAUACAGUAUGUUGACCUCUUGUUAGGUCCUAUACAUAUCUUACAGAAUGUAAAAUCUUAAAAUAGCUGAAAAAAAAGACAAAGAAAAAGAAAAAUACUUGUCAUGCAAGGCAAUGAAAUCUUUUAUGUAGAUGUAUCACAAGAAAUUAACAAAAUAAAAAUACAGUGUUUAUUUGA